CUCAAUGCGCCGAUCAGCAGCACAGCGGCAGUCCAUUCUUACACGCAGGUACAGGGAGGGACAAAUGAUUACAAUAUUUCACAGCAGGAGUGGGUAACCAUGCCCAAAGAGCAGCCUGCAGGCAUCCAGGGUGUCCAAUUAAAAUCUGAGCUUUGGGAGCCAAUGAGAGUCAGAGCAUCGGUUUCCAUGUCGGCGUGCAGAAGGGCGUGUAGGGUCUAUUUAAACCGUUGGCUUCGCACGGAUUACACAGACGCAUCUCACCUGUAAAGGACAGCCUCACUGCGCACCCCUGCACCAGAAAUCUUCCAAAAUGAGCGACGACAAUCCAGUCAAACAGGAGGUGCAGCAGUUUAACAAGAAAAGUCUAAGGAAGACUAGCACAAACGAAAAGAACCAUCUUCCAACCAAGGAGGAAAUUGAAGAGGAGAAGAAAGCCAUGAAGGAAGGGAAAUAACUGAAGCACACCUGCAUGAUUCCUCUGCUUCAGUCCUGCCCUGUUAAUUCCUGCUCUUCCUCCAAUUAUGAUUCCGACCCAUCAUCUCUGAUUCUGCCUCUGUUUUCCGUGCCACCAUGUUUGAUUAGAAAUGGUGUUUGGGCUGAUGCUAUGGUGAACGAUCUGUCUGUAAUCCCAAGUAUAUUAAUGUAAUGGAUAUGUAUUAUCGUUCUUAUUCCAUGUAGUUUAGAAAGGGCUUAACAGGGCAAGAGGUUUAAAAGUAAAGGAGAAAAAUCAUAAAUAUUUCUAUUAAUGGAAAUCCAUCAAAGAUACUGCAUUAUCAACAAUACCAUAAGAAUGCCUGUAAAUGGUGCCAUUCAGGAAAUGUUCUGAAAAACAACACAUAAAAUGAUAUUUUUGUUGUAAUAAAAUCAAAUGUUUCAAAAAAGUGA